GUUGUUGGCAGCGCAACUGAACGGACAGCAUGGAGCACAUCAGCCAGAUGUCGCGUCCAAAGCCUCAAAGCUGGAGAUGAUGGUCCAUGCAAUGCCCAGAUGACUUGGAGAGGUUCAGCCGUUUGUCUGGCCGGGAACUCCAGGAUGCCUUGCAGAUCAAGUUGGAGGAUUGGAAGCAACACCCACGAGAAGCUGCACAGGUUUGGCGGAAGAUCGCGCAGCAAAAGCAGAUUCAAAAAUCUUUGCAGGUCCUAAGAUUCCUGUAUCACCAUCGAGUCGAGGCUGCGGAUGCCAUCAGUUUCAACAUGGCGAUGGCAGCCAGUGCCAAGGCUUCAUCAUGGCAAUCUUCGUUCGAAUAUCUGGAGCUCCUGCAGCAGAGCCAAGUUCGAGCCACGACCGUAACAUUCAACACCGUGAUCAAUGUCUACGGGCAAGCUUCGGGAAUUGCUUCCAAAUGGCAGUUGGGAUUGGCUUUGAAAGAUUCGACCAGAAUGGCUGCAAUGCUGCCUGACGCAGCAAUGCAGAAUUUAUGUACCAGCACAUGUGCUCGGCUGCAAAAAUGGCAGAAUGCCAUACAGCUACUGGAGGAGGGCAGCAGCGAGAUUGAAAACGUUGCUUUCAAUGCAGCUUUGACUUCAAUAGUGAGCAACAGGUGGUCAGUUGGCCAGUGCCUCUUUACAAGCAUGCUUUCAUUGAGGAUUCCACCGGACGGUUUCACGUACAGCGCUCUUGCGAAUGUGUCCCCAUGGCAAGACGCGGUCCAUACAACAUCACAUUCCAAGGUAGAGUACGAUGCUGUUCUCUGUGGCGCAUUGCUUGCCUCCUGUGAGACACAAUGGGCUUUGGCGGUGCAGUUUCUCCAUGGCAUGCAGGGGCGCCGUCUUGCCGACGCUGUGGCGAUUAAUUCUGCCAUCAAUGCAGCAGACAAGUCUCACAGAUGGGAACUCGCCCUACUGCUUCUCCGAAGUAUGUCAGGGGCCAACACACGCUCAGACGCCUACAGCUUCAGCUCAGCGAUUGGCUGUCUUACCUGGAAGUUUGCCUUCGCCUUGCUAUCUAACAUGCAGACCAGGGAGGUUAACGCCAACUUGGUUUGUUUAAAUGCCGCAAUCAGUGCAUGUGAAAAGCAUGGGGCUUGGAUGGAAGCUUUAGACCUCCUGGUGAGACAGUUUGGCGAUACGACAUCUUUCAACACGGCCAUCAGCGCAUGCAGCAGAGCAAGAAACUGGCCAAUGGCUAUUGCCAUCUUGAGAGUCAUGGCACGGGACAACAUUGCCCAAGAUGCAAUCUCCUUCCGAGCUGCUAUCUCGGCGUGUGAAGGAGGGAAUUGUUGGAAAGAGGCACUCAACUUACUGUCGGAAAUGGAAAGCCGACAGCUGCGUCCUGAGACCACUGGGUACAAUGCAGCAAUCAGUGCAUGCGAGAAAGGCUCCCAAUGGGAGCUUGCAUUGGGGUUGUCUGCACGCGCGCAGCAGCAGGCUGUUUCACUCGAUGUGAUAACUUUCAAUGCCAAAAUUGCAGCCUGCAGAUCCACAUGGCGGACUACACAGAGGUUGCUCAGCGAGCUUUGCCUUCAACUCUUGCAGCUAGACGAAAUAACUUACAAUUCAGCAAUUUGCGCACAGGGUCAUUGGCGCAGCGCAGUUACUUAUUUGAGCGAGAUGGCGAAUUCCGGCCUUUGGCCAGAUGUCAUCACUUGCAAUUCCAUUCUUCAAACCAUGCAAAUCAGUGGACCCAAGUGGCACGCCGUGUGCUUGCUGUUUGACCGUGUACAAAAUUGCGCAACCGCAAUUACUUUCGACCUGCUUAUGGAAUGUGUCAGCCCCAGGCAAAAGGUCUCGGUUCUUCAUGCGCUGCAAGCUGACGUGCUGAUAGAAGCAAGCCGUUUUUUGAGGCAAAAAAGUGCGCUAAGCAUUUUGAAACAAGAUAUUUCAAGCAUAACAUCUCUUGGAAUCUUUUUUUGCUUAAAUAAAAGUCGCUAG